UCUGUCAUUGGACAGUGUUCAGCUUUUAGGGGCGGAGCGACAUGAGUCAGAGAACGCAGGUGGUUGAAGAGUCGGCAUCCGCCUCUUCGUUGAGCGAACCAAGCGCGGGGCGAGACAGAUUUUACAGAAUGGCAUCCGGUUUUAGAAGACCAACCUUGGGUGCUAACCUGCGAAGGAAAAGUGGGCUGAAACAUGAAUUGUCCGAGGAGCAAAAGCAGGAGGUCCGGGAAGCUUUUGAUUUGUUUGACACAGAUGGAUCUGGCACCAUUGACGUUAAAGAAUUAAAGGUUGCAAUGCGUGCUCUUGGCUUUGAGCCAAAGAAAGAAGAAAUUAGAAAGAUGGUAGCAGAUAUCGGGAAAGAAGGAAGCUGUAUCAUAGAGUUUGAAGACUUUUUGACUAUGAUGACCCAAAAAAUGAGUGAAAAAGAUACCAAAGAAGAAAUCCUAAAGGCUUUCCGAUUAUUUGAUGAUGAUGGGACAGGCAAGAUUUCAUUUAAGAACCUAAAGAGAGUUGCCAAGGAACUUGGAGAAAACUUAACAGAUGAAGAGUUACAGGAAAUGAUAGAUGAAGCUGACCGUGAUGGCGAUGGUGAAAUAGAUGAACAGGAGUUCUUGAGAAUCAUGAAGAAGACCAGUCUAUAUUAAUGGCUAUGUUACCUAAAAGGUGACCCGCAAAUAUUUAAAAAUAUUUCUGCUAUUCUAUGAUGAGCUAAAUAGUAUGGCAGGUUUGGAUUGAGGGAGGGAGAUGAGUGGUGCUUUUGAGAGAGAGAGAGAGAGAGAGAGAGAGAGAGAGAGAGAGAGAGAAUAUCUGCCAAAUAGUUCGGGGUUGUUUUUUUAAGGUGCUGGAUUUAAACAGUUCCUGACUCGAAAACUGUGGUUCAUAUCUGGCCAAGUUAAGAUUUGUUCACAUUAUAAAACUUGCAAAAUGUAAGAUCAGAGCACAGGCAACCUCCUUCCUAGGACUUUGAGAGAUAUCACGAUGAUUUAGUACCCCAUUAAAAACAACAAAAAUUACACCAGAAUUGUGACUUGUAAUUCUUCAUUAAAGAAUUUGCACCAA